CAGACAGAGAGAUAAACAGGAGCUCAUACAGUAUAGAGGAUCACCCUCCAGUGCACACAAGCAAGCUCUCGCUCCCUCCCUCUCUCACUUUCUCUCUCACUCGCCCACUUACUCAGUAUCGUUUCAUCUCUCUCUCUCUCUCUCCCCCUCUCUCCCUCUCUCUCACUCACUCUCAGUCGCUGUGCUCUGACGGAUGGGGAUACACUGCCAAGAAGGACUUAGGGGCGAGAAGAGUGUGUUUCUUUUCUUCUCUGGUGUGUUUUCUUUCUCUUCCGCCUGGCUUCCCUCAUGAGCUGUUAAUUCCAGCCCCGGUCCUGACGAUGAGGAGGAUCUAUUUGUGAGGAAGACGCAACAAAGGAAGGACAAGGAACAAGGAGCAACAGGGUGGCAAAAAUUCUGCGAGCAGGAGUGAACAAGAAGAUCUUUUCCCUUUCUCCAGGCUUAAGCAAGGAGUCUUGACUCCCAGCAGCAGCAGCCAUGUGAGAGGAGCCAUCAGCAAGCAGAGGAUGCCCACACCCAGCUAAAGCCAAGAAGCCCCCCUCCCCCUCCCUUCCUCCCUCCCUCCUUCCCUCCUUCCCUCCCUCCUGUGCCCUUCCUUCUUCCCACAUGAGGACGAGAAGAUGACUAUCACCAGCCGGCAGUCCUUCAAUGUCCUGACGGUCAUUUUCCUCCUGCUGUCCACUGCAGCCCUCUCAGCUCAUUACCGGGUGUGUGAACCUUACUCUGACCACAAGGGGCGUUACCACUUUGGCUUUCACUGCCCACGCCUCUCAGACAACAAGACCUACAUGUUCUGCUGCCACCACAACAACACCGCCUUCAAGUACUGCUGCAACGAGACUGAGUUCCAGAUGGUCAUGCAGGUCAACCUCACCAACACCUCAAACGGAUAUGCACACAAUAAUUAUACAGCCCUGGUCGGCGUGUGGAUCUACGGCUUCUUUGUCAUGGUGCUGCUGGCGCUCGACUUUCUCUACUACUCAGCCAUAAACUAUGAGCUGUGCCGGGUCUACCUGGAGAAAUGGGGUCUGGGAGGACGCUGGCUGAAGAAGGCUCGGAGUCAGUGGCACAGGUCCAUGCCAGAGGAGAGUGAGGCCCAGGCUCAAGCCCAGCCCAUGGUCCCCAGCCACUACCAGCCCCGACACAGCCUCCGAGGGGAGAGCCACAGCCCCACGCUCCUGCCCUACAACACAUCCACCGCAUGAAUGAUGCUGCGAGUGGACAAACAGAAGAGUAGCAACACCUUGUUCCCUUACGUGGCUCGGAGGAGAUGCCCCACAGACGCCCCUCUCUGGACCACAGAUUCAAAGACUACUAGUGGGCUAGCCAUAAUGUAGUAGUUAGAAGUGACUACUGCCCCUUUCUAAAGAGCACAAAACACCCGUGGACUGACAGAAGCAGGCUGACAUGGCAUUUAGGAACCCAGCUGAACUAAGUUUGCAAGACACACAGAGGACAGUUCUGCUGCUGCCACAGCAAAGGAGUGACAAACACAUUCGGCUGCUCAAAGGUGUUCAGUGAUCCCCUGAAAUGGCUGCCAAGGCCUGGAGUAUCCCAAACAAAUCUGAGCUGAACUGGAUAAACUGUACUCGCAAGCGAGGAGGCUUGCCUGUUUUGGAAAAAAAGAAAAAAAAAAGCGAAUCUUUCUAGAUAUAAAAUGUUUAUUACACUGCUGUGUCAGUUUGUGUUCAGUAGCAGUUAGACACAGUUGUGGGUUAUCUAUUUGGUGAUUUAUUUAUGUGAACUAGUCAGAGAAAUAUAUGAGUGGUUAACAUUCGGAACAUGUUACAGCGUAGGUUGAUGCUGAGCAUCUCACUUAGAGUAGAAUGUUUGUUACUUACUGAAACCAGACGCAAAAUGUCUCUGCAGCCAUGUCGACAGACAGUAUCUUAUAUGAAAUGUUUUAGGUUUCCUUUCUGCAAAACAAUUUCUCUAUAUUGUAACGUGUCUGAGAAAGACAUAACGCCAUACAGUUAAACUGCUGUAGAUCUAAAGGUUUUACAUUAGGUCGUCAAGAUAUUUCUUUGGUUUACAGACGCUGAGUAAAGGGAUCUUGAGUCUGAAUAAUUUCACCAACAACAUUAAAAGGGGACCUAUUAUGCUUUUCUUUAUUUUCUGUCGCAUAUAUAAUGCUACAAUAUCAGAUGUUCAUAUUAAACAUGGCAAAAGUUUCAAAUAAUGAGGUGAAUGUACGUAAAAUUAAUCCCUGAGACAAACACUUCCAUGACGAGCUGCACAGAUUUCUUUAUAUGCUCCAAGCACAGCUCAUUCUCCCACAGUCUAGUUGAGUAGUAUUAUAGGCAUUUAAUGUACUCCAACAUACAAAUAACCAAUGGUGCAGGUUUACUAUACAGUCAUUUGGCGACAGCCAAAUAACAUUUUACUAGCAAAGUUAGCUUUUGUAUUUCUAGACAGCCGACAUUUUCCACUUCAGCAUUUUAGCACAUUUCCCUCACGUGCAACUAUUAACAAGUGAUUAUAUAGAAAAAAAUUUUAUAUAGGGAUUGUGAGUGAAGGACUAAAUCCACACAGACGCAGGUAAUGGGUGUAAUAUUUACCAAACAGAGACUUCCUGCUGUAAUCUUGCAUAUGUUCGUGCUGUCCACUCUCAUAUUCCAUAUUUGAUUCGAGCUUGAACGUACACAGAUGUAUUUGAGAAGUUUCCAAUCAAUUAUGUUACUUAGUUUUAGUCACUAGUUACUUAGUUUUACAGUUUGCUUUCAGAACUGCCAACCCGGUAAGAGGAUGAGGCAGUGCUGCCAAUCGUAAUGUGCGCUGCCCCUUGGCUGGUUUCCAGAUGUUCGGCCAAGAUGACUUUUAAGGAGGCCUCUUAAGGCUAAUAUCAUCUGUCUCAGUCAGAGGUUCAACUGAGGGGCUGCAUUACAGACAGUUGACAUAAAUAAGGACUUUUUUUAAAACUAUGAAUCAUGCAAAGCUACUCAGAUGGAGUCCAAGAAUAAAAAUAUAGAGCUGAAAAUGAGCAUAAUAGGUCUCCUUUAAUGAGAGUCAGGGAUGCCUUCAGAACAGUGAAUUGCUUUCUGCUACAUUAAAAAUAAUCUUAACUCUUUGCUAUGAGUCUACAACGCCAUUUGAGACCAUAACACAUAAAGUUAGUAUGUGACAGCUGCCUCGGUAAACUCAUCCAAUGACUUGUUUGCCCUUCCUCAUGACCAGAGCUGCCUGAAAGACAGGUCCAUUAGCAAUAUGAUGCAAAUGAAUAUCCAUUAGGUUCCUUUAUAAGGAGCAUUCCAUAUCCCGUAUUGCUAAUACACAAUUGUAAGCAAUUAGCCAUAAUAGAAAAUGUAAAGAAAUCCAUUAAAAUCCCCUUCACUGUCAGCAAUAAUGUACAGUAGCUUCAUAAAAAGGAUGACAUGGUUUGUAAAAGUCAGACAGCCGGCCAAAUGAGCACUGGGUAAACACUGAGGUGUACAGCAGAGGUUUCAGCUUGGUUUACAUUUGAAAUAAAGAUGAAGUCGAUGAAAUAAACAGUAUUUCUGGAUGAUGAACUCAUAUUGAAAAUGCUCUCCAUUCAACCAUUUCUGUGUCAGCUAUGUAGGGAGAAAAGUGAAGAAAAAAAAGAUCACUUUUUUAAAGAAAAGCUUCUACUUCAGGGCUGCCGGGCUUACUUAUAGAUUAAUCAGUCAAUUAUUGUCUCGAUUAAUUAGUCAUUCAAUUUAUCAAAUGACAGAAAAUAGCGGAAACUGCUUGUUAUGAUUUCCAACAGCCUGAGGUCAAGUAUUCAGCAGUCGGUUCACAAUCAUAUACAGUUUGACAAAGAAUAGCAUAAUCCUCACAUUUGGAACCAGAAAAUGAAAAAUUACUAAAAUGAUUAAUCAAUUAUCAAAAUAAAAAUCUAUAGGGCUGCAAAUAAAGAUUUAUUUCAUUACUGAUUAAUCUGCCAAUUAUUUUCUCAAUGGUAGUUUUGUCUAUGAAGUGUCAGAAUAUACUGCAAAAUCCCUGUAACAAUCUGAUGUCUUGAGAUUAUUCAUUUUGUCUGACAAAUGGUCCAAUAUCCAAAGAUAUUCAAUUAACUAUCACAAAGAAAAGCAGCAAAUCAGACAGAAGUUACGAGAGAGUACAAGAGGGGUGUCUGUCCCCAUCUCGCAUCUGUAACUGGUAAUCUGACAGCUGCCGAGCCUGAACGCACGCAGAACCUCUGGUCCAUUCACACCUUACAACAUCCUAGUCAAAAGCUAACAGGAAAAACAGUUUACCAUGGGACUGCUGAGGCUCUAAGCCGCCAAACUGGGUCUUGCCAUCAUAUUUAUGCUCUCUGUUCAAUGAAGUUUAAGUGGACCCUAACAGAACUCAAGUCAAGUGCUGCGAGCGGGACCUGCUGGGCAUCAUCCUCAGUUAUCAGCAAUAAUAUUCACAUUUGCUGAGUUGUUAGAGCAAGUUAAUUCCCAUUUCCAUGGCUAAAGUUUAAUUGAAUGUGUGUCCCAGCAGGCUCAUGCCAUCACUUUCAGGGGCAGAGAAACAGGAUGUGUCCAAGUGAAAUAAUUGGCCCAGAGAUCAGCAGUAGUUACACUCUUGCUCUCUCUCUCUCUCUCUCUGUAGCUGCCUCUCUAUUCCCAGAGUAUGAACAGCAGCAGCAAACAGAGAAGACAAGUUUUUAACAGGUGCAGGAGCACAAACGGGAUUUAAUCAGUCCUCGAAGUUGGAUAAGUGGGAAAAAUCUGAUAUGUUAGAGAACAUGUCUCUUUUCAGGGCUCUCUGCUGUGUGUUCUGACCUGUAAUAAGGAAACGGAGGUCUGCUCUCAUCACCAAUAAAGUAACAAUCACACCCAGGGAAAAAGCAGUAGCAGGGUCAAAAAUGAUUCCGUCAAAACACAUAUGAGGAAUCUUUCCCCCGUUUCUUAAAAUGUAACAACUUGGUUUUGUGAUGUUUUCUGUUUUGUUGAAAACAGUCUUGACUCUGGCCUGAUGUGAUGUGGUACUGUAAAUUGUAUCAGCUCAACCCUCUUCCCAAAUACAAAAAAAUAAAAAUAAAAAACUAAAAAGGAAAAAAAAAAAAAAAAAAGGAUGGGAAGAAGGGAGCACACAUCUGUUUCAGUCUCUCCAGGUUGUCAUGGUAACAGUUGCCUUACAGUUGAAUACCCACCUGUACACAGAAGCUUUGUAGUGGUUGAUACCUCACUUUUUGGGUGUGGUGGUGGUGAUGAUAAUGUGCACCACGUUCUGUCUAUGUAUUUACUACUAGAUAGAAUGUUCAGUACCGUUUUCAGUUGGAUUGUUAUUGCACUUGUUGACUUUGUAUUGUCACGACAGGGAAAAAAUAAAGUUUUAUCUUUUCCAGUGUG